AUGGAUGGCUAUCUUUCUCACGAAGUGGUGCUUUACAUCGCUGACUUCAUCUGGGAUCCUGAUACGUUGGCAGCACUCAGACUUGUCAACCGCUCUUGGUCACAGGCUGCAGCCAAAAGGAUGGAAAACAUGAAAGAAAUUCUGUACAUGGACUGGUGUGAGAAAACGCAGAAGACUCCCAUGGAAAUCCUCUCCCAAUACCGAGCAAUGGCCCCGGAAUGUCGAGGUUUGGUUGUCAAAGCGCCUUAUUGUGAAUGUCACCACAUGCAGAUACCCCAUCUGCGACAUCUUGCCGUCCACUUUCGACCCAUGAAAGAGGAAUUCAGAACAUCCGAGAUUUCUCACCUCGAGAGGAAAGCAGGGGCUGACAAGGUGUUGGCGAGUAUCAGGCAAACACUGCAGCAAGCUUCAAAACUGGAGCAACUGUCAAUCCACAACGUGCCCAUUUCCGCAAGGUUUGCAUGGACACCUGGGCGUCCCUACAAAAGAACUCAGGAUUUCAGUUGGCAGUGGUCUGGAUUGGAAUCACUAAAGAUUGGGUAUGUUGAUGUGAAUAUCGGUACGCGUCCAAACCAGAAUAAACGACUCGAGGCGAGCGAACAAAAAAUACUUUUCGAAAAGCUCACGCCGCCCAUUCCAACCCAUGCUUUCAGCUUUUACUUGCGACAUCUCUCAAUUAGCUGUUGGGGUUUUUAUGGCCGAAGGAGUUUGAUGGAUUUUCCACAUUUUCGGUCAUUGAAAUCACUUGAGCUUCGCGGGGUUGCGUUUACCAGCGGCUUUGACCUCGAUUGGAUAGAAAGACAUAGCUCCAAUCUACGCUCACUGGUUCUGAUCGACUGCGCCAUAGUCUACCGCCUUGACCUUAAACGAAAAAGCAUAGAUGUGUUCCACCCUAAGGUCCAUAUUGUUCCGAACGGUCGAAAAGGAGUCCAGUACUACAAAGCGCGGUGGCAUGACUGGUUCAAGGUUCUUAGAACAAAUCUUGCCCUGGAAAACUUCCAGAUAGGGAGUAACAGAGUCCGGGCCUCUGGCGAGAUGGGCCCAGUCUUUGAAUCUGAGACUAGGAAGGGCCCCGGAUUUCAAGAAACGCCCCAAUUCCUCUUUGGAUUGUUUCCAGACCGUUAUCUUAUGAUGAAUGAGGGCAAUUCCAGAACACCUUGGAAGCUUGAAUGUCCUAACGCCCCCCAGAAACCUCCACCAAAGUGUGACUUGAAGGACCUGAGUGCUUUGAGUCAGUUGAUGGACAAAAUUGGCCAACUUGUGGAAGGAGAUACAACAUCCAGGCAUGCGGGAUAUGUGAGGAAGUGGAUGGGCCAUGUCAGACCGAAGGAGUUACUCGAAGAUGGGCGGUGCUUAAAGUAG